AUGGCACCCCAAGACGAGAUUGACGUUACUGGACAGCGGUUCAGACAACAGUCUGUCUUUCAGGCCUGGCACGAGAAAGUUGAGCAUUCUCAACAUGUUGACGCGCUUAUCAUCGAGGCCGAGAAUGAAGACAAGAUGACUCCUUAUCUGGCGUUCUUGAUUCUUUCGGCGGCUCUUGGCGGAUUCCUCUACGGCUACGACACCGGUGUUGUCGGUGUUGCCCUUCCUUACGUGGGAGCCGAGUUAACCGGCGAAGCACUCACCUAUCCCCAACAAGAGAUUGCCACUGCCGCCACUACGAUUGGAUCUAUCUUUGGAGCCGCCAUCCUGGGCUUCUUUGCCGAUUCAUGGGGCCGAAAGCCUUGUCUACUCGUCUCCGAUAUCUUCUUCGCUGCCGGUGCCAUCAUCAUUGCCUUCAGCUUCUCUCUUGGCCAGCUCAUUGCUGGUCGUCUGGUCCUUGGCGUCGGCGUCGGCGGCGCUGCUGUCAUUUGCCCGUUGUACAUUGCUGAGUUGGCUCCAACCGCCGCCCGCGGACGAUGUGUUGGAACAAACGGCUUUUGCAUUCCCUUUGGUCAGACCGUCAGUGUUGCUAUCGGGGCGGGUAUGCAACAUACAAAAUACAAUUGGCGUAUCCUCUUUGGACUCGGUAUUGUGCCUUCACUCAUGCAAAUCGCUCUGAUGCACCAUCUUCCCGAGUCGCCUCGUGUUCUUAUCCUCCAUGACCAGGACGACAAGGCUCGCGAAGUACUCAAGAAGAUCUACAAGUACGCCACGCCCGAGAUUAUCGAGCUCAAGUUGCUAGUCAUCAAAGAUCACGUCGCCGCUACAACUGCUCUGCAACGCACAACUACUUUCAUGGAACGUUCCAAGAAGCUGUGGACUCACAAGCCCUAUCGUCGCUCAAUCUUCACCGUUAGCUUCAUUCAGGCCUUUGGACAGUUCACCGGUUACAACACUCUUCUUUAUUACGCUGGCACCCUGUUCGGACUUUUGGGUCUCUCCAAUCCCUCUCUUGGUGGUCUGAUACCAUCAGUUACUAACACGUUCUUCCUUCUCUGCGGUAUGAUCAUGGUUGAUCGCGUCGGCCGCCGCGGUCUCCUGAUGAAGUUUGGGCCCAUUAUGGUCGUCGGUCUUACCUGGUGCCUCGUGGCGUUCUACUACAUGUGCAAGCCUACUAGAGGUUUCCUCGAUGAGAAUUACAUAUACUCUCAGAAGCUUGUCGGUCUCGUUAUUGCUGGAAUCGUCAUUUUCGUCACAGGUUUUGGAUCUACUUAUGCUCAUUUGUGCUGGUAUCAAUCCGAGUACCUCGCUCUCGAGAUUCGUGCAGCAGGGAGUGCUAUCAGUACCACGGCCAGCUUUACAGCUAAUCUGAUUGUUUCCGUGUCCUACCUAUCCGAACUGGAAACUAUGACUCCCAGUGGAACAUACGGUCUUUACCUGUGCUUCAUUUUGAUCGGUCUUGUUCUUGCCUACUUCUGUUACCCCGAGACCAAGGGCCUAUCGAUUGAAGAAGCCUCUGCUCUCUUUCAGAGCGAUUUCGGUGUCAAGAAGUCCGAGGCGAUGCGGCGAGAGAAAAUUGCUAUGCAGAAGGAAUACAAUGCAGAAAACGGCCCCGCGGCACUUAGAAGGCUGAAUAAGGUUGUUACUUCGCAUGUGGAAAGUGUAUCGAUUUCGAAUUAA